UUUAGCAUUGAAUCAUGUUGUGAACACGUAAAGAUUUCUAAAAUCGAUAGGAAAUCGAUAUAUCCUUCUAAUUGCUAAAAAAUUAUCAGCUGUUUUGUACCAAUUUGUGUGCCUUGGCGUAAACAUUUCCGUAAAUCUUUAGUUUUUUAGCCAACACUCAGAACCAAAAAAAAAAUCUUUAGUUUUUGUAAAAAAAGCGCUUCAAAAAAUUCAACAAAGUGAAUUGUAAACGAAAUCUGCUUCAAUAAAAGUUAGUGCCUGUUAAAAAAUUUAGAAAUAUUUAAUAAUACUGCAAACAGCGAGUUGGCUUCUAAUUAUGUUCAGUCGAAAACGACCAGACGAAUCACAGCAGGCAAAUGGGGACUGUGACUCCAAACGUCGGCGACGUUGUUUAACUAUAGAAGAAAAAAUAAAAUUACUAGAUCGGCUGAAAGCGGGUGAACGACCAAUGGAUUUAAGUAGAGAAUUUGAAAUCAGCGAUAGUACUAUACGUUCUUUAGUGAAUUCUGAGACACAGCUACGCAAGUACGGAGGUCAGUGUACAAAAAAUGGCUGCAGUUCAGCGGCAUAUAUUCCACGAGACGAAGUGCAGGAAAAAAUGGAGCAACAAUUAUAUUCUUGGUAUGAAGAACAAAGACAAAAAAAAGAUAUGCAAAGUAUAACCAACAUAUGUGCCAAGGCAAGAGCUCUGUAUGCACAACUGAAGGAUAAAGACGAAAGAUCAAAAAUAUCACUUAACACCAUUAGCGCUGGUGAAGCUUAUGAACUCCAAUUUGAUGACCGAGAAUUUAAAGCUAGCAAAAGUUGGUUUAUGAAAUUUCGUAAGCGAUUUAAUCUGGAAUUUCGCUCUGUUUACAAAACAGAACCGCUUGACCCGGCAGCAGCCGAUAUGUACCCAUCUACAUUUGCUAAGCUUGUCGAAACUGGUGGUUAUCAGCCACAUCAAGUAUUCACCGCUUUUGAGCUCUCCUUCGCCUGGAAACGUAUGCCCAGCAGCACUUUUGUUGCUAAAAUGGAUAAAUCACGCGAAAAAAUCCGCAAUUAUCGCAUAAGUUUGCUCUUGUGUGGCAAUGCGAAGGGCAAUUUUCAUGUCAAGCCAAUGUUGAUUAAUCGAGCAAGAAAUCCUUAUUGCUUACGCACAGCAAAAUUUAACGAUUUACCUGUUUUUUGGCGCUCACGUUCACGCACGACCCAGAGUGUUCCCAAAGUCACCGCUUCUCAUCUCCACGAUUGGCUGACUCUAUGUUUCACACCAACAGCUCGCAAUUAUUUGAAAGAAAUGGAGAUGCCGCAACGUUGUUUACUUCUACUUGGUUAUGAAAUGCAGCAAUUGGUGUUUCCAACAUACGAUGACUCAUUUUUGCGCGUCGAAUUCCUGCCUGAAAAUACCUCACCAUUGUUGCAGCCGCUUACACAAAGUGUAGUACCACUAUUUCAGUGUAAAUACUUGCGCAGAUUUUACGAACAUUUACUACAUAAUUUAGGAGAGAAGAGCAUAGAAAAUUUGUACAAAGUCUGGCACAAGUAUAGUAUAGCAGACGCAAUUGAAAUUAUUCAUGAGUCUAUAGGAGAUAUCAGUGUUGACUUCUGGAAAGGUGGUUGGAGUCGGCUUUGGCCCAAGGUUAUCAGGGAAUCUAACCGCAACUCUAUAAUAAGUGAAGAAAUUACACACUGUGCUUUUAUUGGCAACCAGUUACCAGGAGAGGGAUUUUUUAAUAUGACCACUGAUGAUAUUAGGCAAUAUUUAAAACUCGACGACAUUAUUCCAUGCGAUGGGGAACAAGAACAGGAAGCAGUAUCAAACCAAGUGAUCAUAGAAAAAUCAAGUCCACAGGUGUUAAAUAUUGUGUCAUCGGAAGAUGUAGAUAAUGAAAGUGAUGAACUUAUCAGCUUGUGUUCAGCGCCAGAUUCGCAUUGUAAUGAGGCAAAUGAUGAUGCUGCGGAAAUGUAUAGCGAUGAUGAAAAUGAAAUAACGAUACAAUUUGACGAAACAGAAGAUGGGGCAAUGAGUGAGAUCGAGCAAACUGACGAAGAAGCAGUUAUUGAGUUUCAUGAAACGGAAGACUUCAAUUUAGAUGAAAUUAGCCAAGGCGCCGAAAGGAAAACAUCUUUGCAAAUAUAUGAUAUACAGAAGCAAAAUCAUAGCAAGGCACGCAUACAGAUAGGAAUAAUAAACAAAGCUUUAAGCUUAACGCAUGAGUUAACAGAUACUAUAAAACAGCUGGAAACACAUGCGAACUUUACAGAUUUUGCCCAAGGUUUAGAGGACUUAAUGCAACCGUAUGCGAACUUAAAGAAGCAACUCCUUCAACCUAGCAUAAAAGACUAUUAUAGUAAAUAGUAUUUGAAUGUUACAUUUUCAGAAAUUAGAUUGCAUUUAGCAUGCGUGAAAAGUUGCUAAUUAGGAUUCAUACGGGACAGGAACUCAUUGAGAAUACUGAGUUGAUGUCUGACUUAAAAUUAAUAUUCUUCAGCACAUAAGAAUAAGCAUGAGUUAUGUAGUUUGUAGUUUUUAGAAAUUUCUAACGCUGGUUAACGUUUUUCGUAUCUCUAUUGCAGUGUGCAUUAAGUUGAUAAGCAUUAUCCCAAUAAACAGAACGAUUAGAAAACAAUUCAAAUUCUAUGGUGUUUCUCAAAGUUAGAAGAAU